AAGGGACGCGGCAGGAUUAGCUCCUCAAAUUUGAUUUGCUGCCAUUGAUGGAUGGAUGAAUUACUUCCGGAACUCAACCUCUCUCCUGUCUCCUUCCCUCCCCUGAAGAUAGUAUAAACCUCCUCUCUCGCCUCUAGAGAGAGAGAAAGAGAGAGAGGGAGGGAGACGAGGGGAGAGAUAAAGUUUUCAUCUUUCAACGCUUUCCAGUGUUUCCACCAAAUCCCAUUAUUGCAGGGUUGAUUGGUGGGGACGACGAGGGAGGGGCCAUCCUUACGUACUUGCGAAGGCAAGAAAGGGCUGAGCUUUUCGCUCUUUUCCCGCACGUCCUCUGGUCUCUCCUCCGAAGGUGAGAGCUUGGUUUCGGAUUCCGUGAUGGGUGCUUGGAGGUGAAAACGUUGGCCCCUAGGAGACUUGAUAUCAACUCGUUCCUAUACAGAUCUGUCAAAUCAUGGACGAAAAGCUUUUAGCUAAUGGAGGAGGCAAGCCAAAAGGCCACUAUGCCCUCGCUAAGGGCGUGGAAGAUCACCAGUUGGGAAUGUAUGAUAAACCUCUUCCUUAUUUUGGCUGGGGAAUUGGAUGGUUUUGUUUCCUAGGUGGAUUUAUUUUUCCUGCAAUGUGGUACUUUGCAACAAUACUGUACUUCUGCAACUAUUAUCAAAGAGAUCCAAGAGAGCGGGCAGGACUCGCUGCUUCGGCAAUAGCUGCACUGAUAUGUACGGUUGCUGUGACAAUUGCUCUUGCUGUAAUAUUGUUGUAGCCCCAGAGUUCAAGACUUUACAUCACCUUGUUGUUCUCCAGUUUGGAUGUCAUUGUUCAUAAUGGGCUGCAUCUUGGGUUACUAUGGCAGAAGUCUGAGCAACAUGGAGAGGGUCACAGGCCCCAUCUCUCUGUAUAAUUGUGCAUAGUAGGAGUUCUGCAAUAUGUAGGGCCCUUUCUUUGGGGGUGGGAGAAUUGGGAAGAAUCAGAAGCAUGUGCGUUGUAAAGAAUGUACUCUAUAUAAUUAAAUAGUUCUCGCAUCUGGAAGCAAUUUAAAUUUCUCUCUCAUGAGGAUGAGCUCAA